AAACUCCGUGCGACGCGAUUGGUCCGAGCCAUUGACGCAUAGCACUAAUAUCUUUCAGCGAUUGCUCCAGAGCCUUGUCCAGGGCUGUCAGUCAAAGUGGUGAACCAAUCACAGCCCGUGUCCGACUCUUUGUUCCUCCCGUUUGCUCGGUGACGCAGAGGGUCAUGUGUUGUUUGUGCUGUGGCCCGUAGAGAUGUGUACAGGAGGAGAAGGGAACGGGUUGCUAACCGAGUUAGCCGGAUCCUCCCGAUUAUAGAAACACGGCUGAGCGUGGUCAUGUUGCACACGGUAGGCUUUAUAUCGUGAAAAAAAUCCCGCAUUGGAAUAUCCGCCUCGCUGCUAAGAGGGCAAGGGGACUCGUUUGUUUCGGACGGAAUAACAAAGCCGGUCUGUGAGGAUCGCAAAUCUGAGCCGAGUCAACGUUAGCUGGCCUAGCCGGACUCGGGAGCUCGUCUCCCAAAACAAGAAUGGGGUCUAGGUCCGCUCGGAUUAGCUUGCUAGUAAAGUGACCUUUGAUUGUGUUCUCUGAUGGCAAAUUUUACGAAUUACCAGGAAGGCAAGGCAGCGAUGUUGAUGGUGGAGACGCAACAGAGGGACGUGGGGGCGAAGUCUACGGCCGCCACCGCAAACGGAGACGGCUCGGUCGGGGAACCCCCUUCCCCGUUAAUUAAUAACGGCGGCGGCGGAGGAGGAGCAGCAGCAGGAGGAAGCUCUCGUUUCCACCAACAUCCACUGCCCUCCAACCACCUCCACCAUCACCCGCCAAAGGAUCAACAGCAGCACCAUCACCACCAGCUGGCCCCACAGCAGCAGCACCAUUUUUCCGGGGAAAACAUCGCAGAGUCUCCGGGCAGGAAAGCCGCCUCCUCGUCUUCUCUCAGCCAGGUACAAACCGCCGAGGACCCCGCUGCUUCAUCCGCUGCCGCUAGCGGCAGCCAUGUAUACGCGGCGGUGAACGUUGCAAACACCGCGGACGUUGUUGAUGAUAUUCGCAAAUGUGGCUAUUUGAGAAAGCAAAAACAUGGACACAAGAGGUUUUUCGUGCUGCGGGCUGCCAGCCACCUCGGGCCGAGCCGCCUGGAAUACUACGACAGUGAGAAGAAAUUCAGGAACAGCCUGCGCUCGGCUGCCGCGGCCGCCGCCAGCGGUGGAGCGGUGGCCCCUUCUCCUCCGAAGAGGGUUAUUUACCUCUACCAGUGCUUCACAGUGAACAAAAGGGCGGAUUCCAAAAACAAGCACCUCAUUGCCCUUUACACUAAGGACGAGUAUUUUGCCAUUGUGGCCGAAAACGAGCAGGAGCAGGAGGACUGGUAUGUGGCUGUCAGUGAGCUGAUGAGUGAGGGCAAAAAAGGGCAUCUGGAUUCAGAUGAUUUAGAUGAUGGAUAUGGUACGGUCACCCCUGGUACUGUGUUUAAAGAGGUGUGGCAGGUGAAUGUGAAACCGAAAGGACUAGGUCAAACUAAAAACCUCACAGGCGUUUACCGGCUCUGCCUAUCCACUAAAACCAUUCACCUCGUCAAGUUGAACUCUGAGACCCCCUGUGUUAACCUUCAGCUGAUGAACAUCAGGCGCUGUGGACAUUCGGAAAGCUUCUUUUUCAUCGAGGUGGGCCGCUCCUCGUCUAUUGGACCCGGGGAGAUAUGGAUGCAGGUGGAUGAUUCUGUUGUGGCCCAAAACAUGCACGAGACCAUCCUGGAGACGAUGAAAGCCCUGAAAGCUUUUGCCGAGUUUCGGCCGAGGAGCAAGAGUCAGUCGUCGGGCUCCAACCCCAUGCCGUUCAUCACCACACGUCGCCACCUGGGCAACUUGCCACCGAGCCAGACUGGGCUGCAGCGCAGGUCGAGAACAGAAUCGGUGGUCGGCACGCCACCAUCAAGUAAAAGCUCCGGGGCGAGCGGUUACCGCUUCCGUACAUCUAGCGAGGGGGAGGGCACAAUGAAUCGCCCGUUCCGCUCCGCCACGGGAAGUCUAGUGCACCUUAACUCAGUGCGUGCCCAUCACGGCCGCCAGGAAGGAGGUGGCGGCGGCAGCAGUGGGAGCAGCAUGGGUACCGGAAACGCUGGCACAAGCACAGGAAGCGGGCGCUAUGUCAGAGCCGCCCCGGGGUCGUCGUCCACCUAUCACGCCCGCUCUGCCUCGCUUCCAGUCUCCCACUUCCCCUCCACCACCAGCCCCGUGAGCGUCUCCUCCAGCAGCGGCCAUGGCUCUGUUUCUGACACACUCACUCGACCAUCAAGUGCCUCGAUUUGUGGCUCCCCGUCUGAUGGUGGAUUCAACUCCUCAGAUGAGUACGGCUCCAGCCCCGGUGACUUCCGGUACUUCCGGGUGCGGAGCAACACACCAGACUCCCUGGGUAACACCCCGCCAAUAAGAGAGGAGAACUGUCUGAAUGAUUACAUGGCCAUGGGCUGGAACCGAGAGGUGUUUGGCACCAGUUUAGGCUCUGGAAACAACAGUGGAUGUGACACACCACGUGAUGAGAGCACUUUGACGACCGAGGAUGAACGCUUUUCCUCCUCGUCAUCGCUGAGGAGGAGGACACACUCUUUCACCAGACCUGCUGGUGGUGCGACUGGUGGUUCUGGGGUUGCAGUUUAUCAGAAAAUGACCCAGACCAACUUCUCACUGGACGAGGGGUCAGACGUGUUACCGUUUGGCAGCGGGCUGCUCCGUGGUGGGCCGUCCUCCUCUUCCUCCUCGCUCCGCUCCGACUACAGCUCCUGCUCCGAGCACAGCCAGCAGAGCCGCCCCUCCACGCUUUCUCGGACAGAGGCCAGUGCUGAGCGCCCCCCCCUUUCCUCAUCCUCGUCUGCCAAGGAAGACAGCGGCUACAUGCCUAUGAUGUGUGGCGUGGCUGCUUCGCCGCGGGACACUCCACCCGACUACAUGCCUAUGCAACCCAGUUCUUAUUCCCAUCAUGUCUCUCAUUCUCCUCACAGUCCAGCUUUAGGUACUCGUUCAGCCCACCACCACCUGCAGCUGCAGUCCCAGUCCUCCACAGACUCCCACGGCUACAUGAUGAUGCUCCCAGGGGGCAGUGGCAGCUCUCCUUCCCCGGUGCAGGCCUCUCCCAGCCCUCACAGUAGCUCUAGCAUGACUGGUGCUAGUGGGAGCGACAGCAUAGCAGAGAGACCUGAGAAUGGGGAAUACAUGGACAUGUCAUAUAGCAGCAGCGGCAGUGGUGGACGCAAGCUCUCGAACGAGGGGAGCUAUUACACACCUGGCACACCUGAAAGUACCCCAAAGUCUUACAGCCCCUAUUUCUCCCUCCCUCGCUCCUAUAAGGCUCCCAACAGAGAGAGGGAUGAGAAGGAGUAUGGGGAAUAUGUUCCCAUGAGUUCUCCAGCCAAGCCAGUCUAUUCAUCAGUUGCCACAGGUUCAGUGUCAACGCCAGAGAAGAGGAGUGGGGGAGGCAGUAGCACCUUGACGCCCUCUCACCCACCCCCGCCUUAUGGAGCUCACCACACGACUGCAGCGAUGGCUGACAGACGUGUCGUGAGGCCAAAUCGCCUCCCUUUAGGCAGAAGGAGUUUCCACGGUCCACUGCGGGUUAGUGAGCCCACCACGGCGUCUGCAGGCACCACCGCUUCGGUCCCCGCCACUGGCAUCUCAUCUGAAGGGCCUUCGAGUCCCGGCGAGUACAUUAACAUUGAGUUUGGCGAUCGCUACCCUCACCAACAGCAGCCCCCUGCCUACCCUCUCUCUGCCCAAGACGAAGCACCUUCCCUGGGAUCCAGUGACCACGGCCCCUCCCCUCCUCAGCUCCAAACUCAUCAAGACUACAUGAGUGUGGAGGUGGGAGCUGACCAGCAGGACAGUGCCGGAUGUCUGAGUAAGAACCAGUCACCCAGGCCCAGCCUCGUUGCCCCCUGGAACCCGCCCAGUUACAUCCGACCCCUGGCUAGCAAUCCUGGGGCACGGGCCUCCCCUGCAGUCCAGGCUGGAAGUCACUGGAGGUCGAUGGGUGACGACUACACGGACAUGACAUUUAACCUCACCAGAGGUGAGAGCCCCACUGCCAUGCUGCAGCAUCUCUGCGUAAUAGAGGGACGCUACGGCCACGCUCCCUCCACCUCCUCCUCAUCCAUUUCUCCUCCUCUUCCUCCACCAAGCCCAGGCAGGGCACCAGCACAGCAGUUGGAGCCCAAGGUGGUCCGAGCCGACCCACAAGGCAGGAGGAGACACAGCUCAGAGACAUUCUCCUCCACCUCCUCCAGUUCAACCCCCUCCGGAGGCGGGCUCGGCCCUUCAUCCUCAGCCACUCAUCCCACGCAGGUAAACCCCACAGCCCCCAACGGAUCUUAUCUAGCAGAGGGUCAGGCUUCCAGGUGGGCCAGUUCAGCAUCGUUCGACAGCGUGUGGAUGACGGUGGACGGUCUAGGGGACUCGCCAGCUCACCACACCCCAACAAGAACCACAGAAACGGCCACAGCUUCUGGGGCCUCAGCUUCCUCCUCCUCUUCAGGGGCUGGACCCAGUCGAAUGUGCAGGAACAUGUCUGUCGGCUACCAGAAUGGCCUCAAUUACAUCGCCCUGGAACUGAGGGAAGAUGCGAGUAAUAUGGGAGCUGUGUCAUCGGGGGCUGGGAGCAGCAACGGGAGCAUGGCGGCGGUGGGGACGGUGCCUCUGCCUGAGAACGGUGCCUAUGCCAGUAUAGACUUCACCAAAUCAGAUGGAGUCACCACGACAACCAAGGACUGAGUGUCAGAGGGUCAUCUUCCUCCUCCUCUUCAUCUCUCUGCUCGGGGCUCUUGACCCUGCCGGCGACUUCUGACCUUCACUCAGAAUGGGAAGCUCCCGGAUGCAGACGACAACAACAACAACAACAUGACAAAAGAAAAAGAGAAACGCUUGCAGUUUUUUUUUUUUUCAUUUAUUUCUCUUUUGUUUUAUAUGCAUAUCUUGUUUUGUUUUUUUAAUUAUUUCCCCUCUACAAUCGAUGCUGCCAGUGUGUGCUGCUCCCCCCCUCGUCAGUGAGCUUUGACCGAGGGGCGUCGACACAAAUGCAGAUAGUUUUUUUUUAUCAGAUGGUUCUGCUUCUCUGUUCGGUAUUUAAAAAAGAAAAAAAGAAAAAAAGGGAAGUAGGAAUUCAAAGUAAAGGCAUUAGAUGGUAAAUGGACUGCACUUACAUAGCACCUUUUUACCUUUACAAAGCGCUUUAUUUUGCUCUCAUUCACACACCAGUGGAGGCAGAGUCGCGCCUGCAAUCAGUGUCUUGCCCAAGGACACUUCUCUGGCUUGCGGUCUGGAGGAUUGACCGACCACUCAUUGAUAACCCGAUCUACCACCUGAGCCGCUGGCAUUAUGGUACAGACUUUUAUGUUGCAUUGAAUUUCAUUGUUUAUUAUUAUAUAUAUAUUUCUUUUUUACCCCACGUUCAAUCCAUCCUCAGCACCGUGCAGUUAUUACAUUUUGGACAAAGUUGUGGUAGAAAAUGUAUAUUUUUUUAAUUGCUUCGCUUGAGUCCCCCCUCGCCCCUUUUCCCCAAAUGGUACAAGCUCAUGGCUGGGUCCAUUUUAGCUUCAGAGUGGUAUUGAAAAAGUGUCGCUCGUUCCCAGGUACACACAUUUUCACCAUUUUUUUGCACGGCGCUCGCACCUCAGCGACAUAGUAGCACCCACUGCUUUGGCGGGCCUACUUCAGACAUGUCUGGGUAGGACAGCUGCAGUACCGCGCCAGUGUGGAUUUAUCAGUGUACUAAUGCAACGCGAAACCUUAAAGCAUUACUCUCCUCAUAAUAUGUAGUGCAUAGUAUUUAUUUGUUAGCACAGGUACAAAUGUUCCGGGACAUUUCUUUAUUAGUUUUCAUGACUGACGGUACUAGGCAGGACAGGAAUGUAGCUAGUUACAAAUCAUUUGCAACUGGUUAGCUUAGCACGCAGAUUGGCACCAGCUGUUUAAAGGCAAUGUCAUGCACCUAGUAGCACUGCUAAGGGUCACUAACGUACACAGCUUACCAAAUUUGUCUUUUUACAGGGUGUUGAUGUGUGUGUGUUAAAAAUAAUAAAAUCACAAAAACCUGCCCAGCCGCUGCGCUGUUUGGCAAUCUUUUUGUAGUCUUUAUGCUAAGCUAAUGGGCUGCUUGCUCAUUUUGGGAAAUGGUCAGCUACAGGCCGAAUGCUGGAGCAUUACAGUUGAUGCCACUCUCAUACAUGUACACUAAAAGUUGGUUGACUUAGCUUACCAUGGAGACUGGUUAAAGCUAAAAGGUAACCUAAUGCACCUAGCGGCACUGCUAAAGGCCAGUAGCUAACACACUCUACCCAUCAACUGUUAGUCCUUUUAUGGGGUGUUACCUAGCAGUAUUGCUAAAGGUUGCUAAUUAACAAUGUUUACCAAACUUUGAAAAAAUAAUUUUCCUUUCACAGGGUGUUAAUGUGUGUGACUACUUCCCUGAAAAAUAAUAACACAAUGAAGAACUGCAAGAUUGUUAGAGGCGCAUGAAGCCAUGUUAACCUUUUUCCAGUCGGCAUGCUAAGCAAAGCUAACUAGCUACUUGCACGCUUUCGGCUACAGGUCUUUAGUCGGACUUUCAAAAACACUCAAAUGUUUCGGAUCUGAUCUUUCUCGGCCGGCGCUUAUGAGAGGUCCCCGUCCUGUUUCUCGUUUGGUUUAUCUGCACAACAAACUGUUGAGCAAAUUUAGGAAGGUUUUAUUAUUAGAAUUUUUUUUUUUUUUUUCUGUGUGUGCGUGUUCAGUUUUACCUCAUACGGUCCGUAGCACAGUUCAGGUUAGCGAGAGAGAGUGCCGCUAAGACAGAGACACACACACACAACGCUGUGAAAGAAGUACAGACGCUAACAAUAGGAUGCAAACAUAAAACUAAUGCACACUCUUGAAAUGCAAGUGCAUGUAAGUGAACCGUAUGCUGUACUUUGUAGGCAAGUAUGCACACAUGCCGCGGCCAUGUGGCGUCUCCCGUGCCUGAGUCCGUAAUGCACACGCAGGGCCACCACGCAGCCCUAUUUAGGCGAGGGUAACUCCUGUGCACGCCGGUUUUGGCUCUUUGUCAGCAGCCCCUUCAUGACGUCCGAGAUUUUUCACACACACAUAUGCACGCUGGGGUGUUCGUCAGUGGCUCUGGGUGACGUAAAGAGAUUUCCAGUAACCUGAGCUCCAGUCCCAGGUGCAGCGCACUGGACAUACUUACCCCGUGAUAACCUCACACACACAUAUGCUUUCGGACGGUGAACACCCGCAUCAAUCACAGUGUGACUUCCUCCUUUCACACACUUUAUCACACUCAUUUGCCCAUAUUUAGCAUUUCUAUUCGUGCCACUCUCCCACGACUGUUACCCACACAACCGUGUUCAUAGAGAAAGACUGACAGCUAGGGUAGCCCACAGAAUUCAAUUUUUUUUGUUCAGUAUUCACUCAUCUAAUGUUAUCUUCAGCCCAGUUUUCUUUCCUUUUUCCAGCCCCUUCUUUUUGUGUGUGUGUUUGUUGUCGUCUUUGAUUCGCUUGGACGGAUGAAGGCCUGUCACUCUGCCUGAGCCUUUGUGUGGGCCACAUUAUCACUGCAGAGCUGGGAAGGUGGGAUGGAUGGAGCUGGGGUCUUUCCAAAUACUUGUUCAAGCAUGGCAGAAUUUUUUUUAUAUACAUAUAUAUGUAUAUAUAUUUUUUUUUUUAUCACGUUGUCCCAGAUUGAUUUCAGGCUGAUGUUCUUUGAACUGCACAGACACAGUGAACCCUGCUAAUCUGGUACUCGAUGUUCAUUCAAGUUUUCAGCCACUGUUUGCGUCCAUGUAGACCUUAUGGAAGUUGUACUCACAGCUGCAUAGUCCAGCUUAACCUUUUAAACAACUUACAGUAACAGUGUAGACUCAUAGUUUUCUGAACUUUUUUUUUUUUCUCUCUCAGAAAUUUAAAUCUUUUUACAAAGCGUCUGAAAAUAGCUGUUUGUUUCGUAAUUUAACAAAUCCACGGAACGAAAUUUAAAUUUCACUUUCAGGAUCUUUUUUUGAUGCAAUAUGUUAUUUUUUGCAUACAGGAUAAAAUGCAUAUAUCUUGUGCAUGGCAAGAUUAAAAUAACCUUGGAACUGGGUGGCUACAGAAAUUUCACAACUGUUUCUGAAAUGUAACAAAUCCGCUAAACACCAUUUAAGUUUCACUUACAAAAUAAUUUUUGUAGCGCCUACCACAGUAUAUGAAAUUCACGGUUUUGUUUUAGUGUCAUGUCUCCAUUUACAUGCAGGAAAGCAGCGUAUCCUUAAAAGAAGUUUGACUCAAAGCGGCACAGUCCAGUUACUGUGAAAAAAUAAGUUCUUGAAGAUUAAGGUACAAAGUAAAAUAUGUAUAAAUAAUCUUGUGUGUUGCAAGAUUAAAAACAUAUAAAACUACAUUGGCUGCAGAAAUUCUGUCACUGUUCAAGUCUCAAUUUUAGGAUAUUUUUUGAUGCUAACCGUAGCACGUGUGCCAAACCUUACUAUUAACAAAGCAAUUUCAGUUUCGUGUCUGCUUAUGUACAACACAAUACUACAAAAAUACCACAACUUUCACUGCUCACAAGCCAAAGAAUCCCACCAUUCAUCUGCUUAAUCAAAAGGCUUUAGAGUGUCCUCACAGAUGAACUACAAUGUUUUUACUCUUCUACAUGUUAGCUUGAAUGAUCAAAUGAGUAAAUUUGAGAGUGUCAGUAUUGAAUUCCAAUCGUAGCUGCUCUGAUUCAGGCAAAUGUCCAAUCAUGCUCAGUCCACCCCACCAUCCCAGCUCCCUCUUUUAAAUUCCAUAUUGUGUGUCUGUGGACUUAAAUGUUAAAGUUGGUACAGCCCCCGCCCUCUUUUACCCUUCCCCCAGCUCGGGAUAUUUAACUUUCCUCAAAUUAUUCAAUUACUCAAUUAUUAUAAACUUUGUCUUAUAUGUACGUUAUGAACAAUUGGAGAUAUCCCCCCUUUUGAACAAACAAAAAGUUGCAAAUACUUUUGCUGUCAAGACAGAUUAAGUUUUUCUGUUUUGCGUGUAGGCUACAGCGACGUGUUUGUUUUUUAAUGCAAGAGCAAAAGGAAAAAAAAAACUGUAAAGCUAGAUUUCUUGGGGGUUAUUAUGAUUAUCAUUAUUAUCAUUAUUUUUAUUUUUAAAUGAGAAUCCUCCAUAAUUUAUUUAAAAUCAAUUGCCUUCACGCUGGGCCCUGUUUAAUUCUUUGUCAGAGUAUGUUUAUUUUGGCAACAAUUCAACCUCAAAACUGUCCUCAUGUGUUUCUUGUUAGGGGUGGAGAAAGAAAUGAGACCUAUGUAAUAUAUACAUACAUACAUAUGUGCGUGAGUGUGUGUGCGUAUACAUACAUACAUAUGUAUGUAUAAAUACACACGCACACACGUGUAUAUGUGUGUGUGUGUGAUCCUCACAGAGAAGGCUUGUUAGGGUACUGCAUCAUUAUGCAAACUUAUUUUCCUUUUUUUUCCUCUAAUCUUUUGAUUUAUUUUAUAUUCUAGUUUACAGAGGAAAAAGUAAUCUUAUUCUUGGUUGUUUGGUUGGGGCUUCUCUUAAAAAAAAAACAAAAAAAAAACAAAGUGACACAAGGGUAGUUUUUUUAAGAGUACAUAGGCAUUUUGCAGUUAUUUGUAUAAAUGAAAUGGGUAACAACCUGCCAAUGUUUAUUUUUUGUAACUAUAUUACAGUUUAUUUGCUGCUGUGUAGUACAGUUACCAGUGAGGAUGAAGAUGAUGUUUACUGCCCUGCUAUCAAGCAUGGGUCAGUUUUUUUUUUUUUUUUAAACCCUCUUAUCUUUCCGAAACUUCUGGAGGAUUUUGGGGGAGAGGAGCGGAGUCGAAGCAAAUCCCACUCUACCCUGCUACCUGUGUUCUUAUUUUCCGAGUUGAAUGCUGUUGUUUAUUAGCUUUACAGGAAAGAGUUAAUUAAAAAAAAAUACUGUGGAGGUGUGUAUCCUUCGUAUGUGCAUUAUUUUUCAGCGACGUACGUCCUUAUAUACGAAAAUAAAAAAAACUGUGUUGGAAAUCCUCCUCGUGUAAAUAUGGAAAGCUCAAGUUGUCGCUUUUUUCAUGUUAUGAUCGACGCUUCAGCAGAUGCCCUGUCCCCUGAUUUUUUUGUUUUUUUUGUUUGUUUGUUUCACUCUCUUUUUCUUUCCCUUUUCUUUUUUUUCCUCGUUGCAGAAAAGGGGGCUCGGAGGGGUACUCGGAGGCGAUUUGAGCAUCGGCAUAGUGUUUAUAUUUAUCAAAACUUUUUUGCUUUCAAUAGAGCUAUUGCAAUAAAAAUGUGUUCAUGUAA